AUGCGAGGCCCUACGUCCACCGGCACCAGUGGUGUACCACUUACGUUCAAAGUGGCAGCAUCUUCUGUGCGCUUCGAACCAUGUUCUACGGCAUUCCAACUACCCGAGGGCAGCCGUGAGGCCCUUUCCAUCCACGAGGCUUACAACUCCCUCGCCAAGGCGAUUAGCGCGUCUAGGGUAGGGAGCGAGAGUGUGCGGCACCGUCUGGCGGACAUCGCACAGCGGUUGGCUGAGCGUCAUGCACUAGCAGUGCGGUGCAACGACGGCCCAAUGGACCUCCCGCCCGUGGAUAUGGCCAGCACGAGCGCUCAGGUCGGAGAUGCAGAGCCACAGGCACAAGAAUUCGUCUCGGCCGACGACUGCGACCGUGAGCUGAGAGGGCUCUGGAAUGCUUUUUCGCAGAGCCCAAAUGUUGACUGGGCGGACUGGGUGGUGUCGUGCACAGACCCCGAUAGACAGUGGCCAGCGCGCGCUGAUGCAAAAACUGUGCAAGCCAUGGUACACCGGCCUAGGGACCACAGGUCGCGACGCUGUGUCAACGUCAUUGUUGAUGCCGCAGCCUCGGGCAUCCGCAACAGCGCCGUAUCCUACGCGCUGCUGCUCCGGGGCGAGCUCGUACGCUCCGCUGAAGAGUGGAGGAUGUCAGGCGACGCCCGCGCCUACGUAACCCAGGCGUAUAACCACGCGAUGCACUACUAUUUCAUAAGGUACCAAGGCGCGCGUCAAAUCCUUGGCGUGGACCCCGUUGUUUCAGAUGCGUUCGCCAUAUCCGACAUGUUGCUCGCGCCAGUGCUGGAUCGUGGACGUCGGGUUCACAGCUCAGGAUACGUGAGCCGAUUGUGUCCGACCUUCUCGCCUGAUAAAGAGCCACCACAGUUUGGUGAAUGUGUGGCAUGGUUGUAUGAGCUGGCGGCUAUUUUGGGGUCCGAGGGAAUCACCGAUCGCGCGAUCGCGCUAGCAGAUCAACUGUAUCGGUCGUUUGCCUGUUUGGCCCACCAGGGCUAUGAUUGGGUGGCCUGGGGCACGGCUUACGAUUCCCGUGUGCAUGGUGUGGCGGAAGAGCCGACGACCCCCCAAAUGCCCCCCACGUUUGUCUGUUUGGAAUGUGGUGGCGGCAAGGGCGACGGUUUCGUUCGCCCUGCCUGGUGUUCCAGCCACCUGGUGUAG